AUGAGUAGCACGCUGCUGAAAUAUUUUCUCCAGGAUGAUGUGGACAGUUUCAAGCGCUUGCUGGCAAACAUCAGCAAUGCGCCCACUGGCCAACGUUCCGCCGGAGCAAGCGUCGCACCCAAGAUAGGCGGCAGUCCCUCGCUCGGCUCAUCCCCAAACCCGGCUUCCAGGGGCAAGAAGGCUGCCGGGACCUCCCCAGCUACUUCGUUUCCGGACCGGGGCUCGUCCCUGCGCGGUACCCCUUCACCAUGGUCUCGCGCCCAGGUGAAUGCUCGCGAUCAGCAUGGACGGACCAUCCUGCAUCUCGUCUCCUCGUCGACAAAACCCUCCGCCAUCGACUUUGCAAACGCCCUUUUAGCGAUUCCGUUUGUCGAUAUAUAUGUGCAGGAUGUGGAGAGUGGGUGGACAGCACUGCACAGGGCAUUGUAUUCGGGGAAUGCCUCCAUCGCCCAUGCUCUGAUCAUGAGAGAUGUGCGAGGUGCAAUCGAUUUUAGUGCACCAAGCAACUCGCUGCACCCGUCUUUGAUCAAGAUGAAGGAUCGUGAAGGAAACAGUCCUUUCGAUGUUUACGGUGCCACCAUCGUUGAUCGAGACAUCAAGCAGAUUGUCGCUUUGGAUGUGCAGCCACUGCAACUUCCAACCGGUGAAGGUGCCGAUAGCCCCCCUUCAUCUGCCAACAACUCUACGUAUGGUGGGGACGACUCCGGAGAUGAAUUCAUAUCAGGGGCGAUAUUGAAACCGCGCAUCAACCUGCUAGCUGACGAGGUUUUCACAUUCGGUAGCAACAAGAAUUUGACGCUAGGACUGGGUGAUGAAGAUGACCGACACUUUCCGGAACGAAUCGUCGUGGAACGUCCACGUCACUUACUCCAACGCUUUUAUCGUGAAAGAGAAGAAGCACGCCAACGCGCAGGAAAGCUGGAACCGGGCUCCAGCUUGGACUCUAGCUAUCAAAGUGAUCUUCCGACACUGAUAGAAAGUAAACCGAUUGUAUUCCAGGACAUAUACAUGUCUAAACUACAUACCGCUAUCUUGACAACUGAUCCAGAAUCGAAUCUGCACAUGUCCGGCUUUGGACCUGGAGGCCGCCUAGGCACUGGAGACGAAGCAACAAGAUUCGAUUUUGUGUGUGUAGAAACCGGAGGCCUGGAUGGGAAGAAGGUGGUCUCAGUGGCGCUGGGCCAGGACCACUCGAUUGCAAUCUCUGACGAAGGCGAGAUCUUUAGUUGGGGAAGUAAUAAAUAUGGCCAGCUGGGAUACAACCUUCCACGAACUAGCAACAAGAACGACGUCCCAAUCCAAAGCACGCCGCGGCAAAUAUUCAAUCCGUUCAAACGUGAAGUAAUUCUUGGAGCCGCUGCCUCUGCCAUUCAUUCCGUCGUCUACAGCAGCUCGGGUCUCUACACCUUCGGUAAAAACGAGGGGCAGCUUGGGUUAGUCGACUCUGAUGCUCGCUCUCUUGAGGUUCAGGUAAUCCCACGCCGUGUUGGCGUGUCACUUUUUAGCUCGCCAAUCCGCAUGGUUUCGGCCAUUGACGGGGCUACCGCCGUUUUACUGGACAGUCAUGAGGUAUGGGUUUUCACCCAGUAUGGGUAUUCUAAAGUGGCAUUCCCCCUUGACUUCAGUUCCUAUUUUAUCAAAGAGAGCUUCCUAGCCACAAGAUACGGGAACGCAGCGAACAGGAUUGUCAAAAUCACCUCAGGCAGAAACACAAUCUGUGCGCUUUCGACAUUUGGCGAAGUGUACACUGUACAAGUGAAUGGCAAACCUGAAAACGCAUCCAUUACUUCUUCGACAACAAAUCCGGCCAAGAUUCGCAAUUCCUUGACAGUACCAGAGCGUGUUUGGUCAGUGAGGAAGUCUCACAUGGCUGCCGCAGACGUUGAUGUCGGGCAAGACGGGUCUAUUAUUAUUUGCACGACCUCUGGAUCAGCUUGGACGAAAGAAAAGAGAACUAAAAUCAAGGAAUCCAGUUCCAAAGACUACAAAUUCGUCAGGAUUCCGGGUCUAUCUAGAGUCACGGCUGUGAGGAGCAACGCGUUUGGUGCCUUUGCAGCCUCCCAGAGAGACUGCAACGUUACAAAAGAGCAGGUCACAAUUCCCCCUUCCUCCCUGUGGUAUGACUUGUUCCAGCUUCUUCCAUUCAAAUAUUUGGCGGACCAUGGGACAGAUGACACCACGGCGACCAAAUACCAGAUAGCCGAGAUCAAGGCGGCCAUUUAUUCGUCGUCUGACAUCGAAGCUGAACUCCGGCCAACUUUUCAAACAAGCACAUUGGUCAGACCAAGCAGCGUGGUCUGGAUUAAGAGUACGGUGUCUGAUGCACGGAUACCUGCGCAUGAAUUUGUGCUGGCGGGUCGCAGCUCUAUCCUGCGGGCGGCGCUGAGUGAAUUUCGACGUGUUAAAUUUUACACGAUUCUCGACAUCAUGACAAUUGAGUACGAUCAAAAUGGAGAUACUCAAAUCACUUUCCAAGGACUUGAUUUCCUCACACUUUUGAACCUUGUGUUUUUCGUCUAUACCGAUAGUGCAUUGGACGUAUGGCGUGACGCUAGACGCGAUUCAGUCAAUGCGUAUAGGUAUCGACAGGUGCGAACUGAAGUCAUGCGCAUUGCCGCCCAAUUAGACCUCAAGUCUCUGGAGCGAGCUGCCGUCAUCAUGGUUAAACCUAGUCGAACGUUGCCUUUUGACAUGAGAAGAGCUUUAAAGGACCCGCGCUUUUUUGAGAAUAGCGACGUUGCGAUCCAGUUGAAAGACACAACAAUCCACGCACACAGUGAAAUGAUAUGUCAAAGAUGCCCUUUCUUCGACGGUCUUUUCUAUGGUCGCUCUGGCGGAAGGUGGCUUGAUUCAAGACGGAAUGAAGAUGUAAUCACGGUUGACCUCAAAGAUAUGGAUUCUCAUAUGUUUGACUUUGUUCUGCGCUAUCUGUAUGGAGACGAGGAAGAGGAGCUUUUCGCCGAUGUCAGAUAUGACAGCAUCGACGACUUUGUUGACUUGGUUCUCGACGUGAUGUUUGCUGCAAAUGAGCUUAUGAUUGACCGUUUGGCUCAGAUAUGCCAGAAAAUGCUGGGGAAAUUUGUGAAUACUCGCAACGUUUGUCACUUGCUCAAUGCUGUUGAAGCAUGUACUGUGACCGAAUUCAAGGAAGCUGCGCUCGAGUAUAUCUGUUUGAACCUUGAGACUUUGUUGGAAAAUAGGCUUCUCGGUGAUUUGGAAGUCGAAUUGAUGGAUGAACUUGACUCGGUAUGUCAAGAGAACCAGCUCGCUCGAUAUCCAGUGUCUCGUGGGCGAAACUCUGAGCACUUUGUAUUGGAAAAGUAUCCAGAGCUCGUCGCGACGAUUGAAGUCGACAAGCAAAGACGGGUUGAUUCGAUGAGAUUAAGCUCGCGUCUCGACCAAGACGAACUAUAUGACGAAAAGAUACGGAUAAGUGCUGCUGCACCACUAUCGGCUCGUAAAAUCAAGGCACUUCAGUUUAGCGAGACCACCAAGUCAUUGUCCCCAACCCUCAAAGCUAAACAGUCGGCCGGCGAUUUGAUGUUCCAGAUGGACGACGAGACUGCCAUGUCAUCACCCAUCCCGACACGCAAGGGAAGGCCUUUUGUGCUUAGCUCGAUUCCCGAUGACUUGGGCGAUAUGUCUCAAGGGCCUUCGUUGUCCUCGAGUCAGGGGCAUAUUCCUUCAUUGUUCUUGAAUCAUGGCGAGUCACCGGGUGAUCCAAUGAGUCUAGAUGACAGAAUUGGAUCGAUAGACAGCGGCGAAGCCGGCAGUCUUCUAGGUUCACCAAGCCCGCGCGGAGCACCAUGGGCGUCCCCUGUUGUUUCUGGCAAUAAACGGGAUCUCAAAGACAUCAUGACGGAAACGUCUCAGUCUCGCAUAUCGAAUCUGACGCUUGGAAUGUCGAACCGCUCAGACACUAGUGUUCAGCCAAGCAGCAAUAACAACUUUUCUCAAAAGAUGUCACAGCGAGAAAGGAAGAAGCUUCAACAACAGAUACAGGUACAAGAGCAGUUGGCUGCACAGCAACGGGAAGCUGAUGCAAGACAAUCGCCGUGGCAGCCUAUCGGCAAGAAACCCUCGAGAGAUAUCAAAGAAGAUCCAAGUUCGCAGGCGUCUCUUCGCCCCAGUAGUCAAGCAAAGAUUAGCCGCAAGCCAUCGAUGACCCUCCGACAGACCGUGUCGGGUGCUGCCUCACCUCAACCGGCACCAACGGAGUCUGGGCCAUCAAACAUCAAACAAAACUGCAGCGUCUCACAACCUACUACUACUACUACUACUACUACUCUUAUAUCUUCAUCGGCAGGAAAUACCAACAAACAAAAGCCAGCAGCAAUACCACCACCCAGUCCAAGCUCGCCCGCAACCACGCAGCCAAUCAUCCAAUCAAUCCGGCACACGAAACAUUCCAAACGAUCCGUUUCUGGCGCCGCCGCUUCUUCCUCCCUCGAGCAACAAGCAGCCUCCUCAUCUCUAGCCUCAAUUCUCCUUCAACAACAGGCCGAAAAGGACGAGAUCCGCGAGGCGGCAAUGGCAAAGCACAAUCUACAGGACAUUCAAGCCGAGCAGGAAUUUCAGGAAUGGUGGGACAAGGAAAGUAGACGGGUGAUGGAAGCCGAGGCCAAUGCUGCUGCGACUACUACCGGUAAUAGUAGCAAUACUGCUGCUGCUCGUGAGGGCAAAGGUCGACAGCGCCGCAAGAAUCGUGGACAACCGCAGUCUCAGCAGCAGCAGCAGCAGCAACAACCGCAAAAAGAAGCCCCAGGUAAUAAACAGCCCCAGCAACCCCAGCCCCAAGGUCAGGGCCAGCAGGGAGCUCCAUCAAAUGAAAAACCAAGUCAUCGCCGGCCAAGGAAAUCAAAAGCCCAAUCUUCUUCCACCAGACUUUCAAAAACUUGA